GUCGUACUCCUCGCUACAUUCCUCGCAGUAGCUCGUGCAGGUAUCAUCGGCGCGCCCCUUGGUGCUCCACUUUCCGCUCCCUUACAAACUAACUACAUCCACCACCCAAUCUCCUACGCAUCUCAACCCUUCCCCGCUCCACUCACAUACGCCGCUCCUGUAGCCAGAGUAGCAGCUCCUCUUGCAGCAUCUUUUGGUUACGCCGCGCCAAUUGCCAAAUAUGCUGCUCCAUUAGCAUAUGCCGCACCCAUUGCUAAAAUAGCUGCCCCAGUAGCAGUUGCAACACCAGUCGCCAAAGCUGUAGUUAACGAAGAAUACGAUCCUAACCCGCAAUACUCUUUUGGUUACGAGGUUGAAGACCGUUUGACAGGUGACAGCAAAAGUCAAAGCGAAACUCGAAAUGGUGAUCUUGUACAGGGUUCUUACUCUUUGACCGACCCCGACGGUACCCGUCGUACCGUAGACUACACUGCAGACUCAAUUAACGGUUUCAACGCAGUCGUACGCAAAGAACCACUCGUAGCCAAGGCUGCAGUAGUCGCCGCUGCACCCGUAGCUAAAAUAGCUGCAGCUCCAGUCUUCCACGCUGCACCAGCACAACUUGCUUACGCUGCACCAGCUCAUUUUGGCUACGCUGCGCCAGUAGCUAAAAUUGGCGCACCAUUGGCUGUAGCUGCACCUGUAGCUAAACUGGCUAGUCCAGUGUCGUACUCUACCUCUUUGAUCCAUUAAUAACGAAGUGAUAAAUUGUAAAAUAUUUUUGAAAAUCUUAAAAAACCAACAUGGAAACAG